AUGUGUUCAGAAAAAAAAUAUCUAAAUUCAGAUUUUUUUAAAAGUGCACAAAAAAUUGCCACUCAGGCUUGUGGUGUUUCACAUAUGACAGUGCGGCGUAUAUUUGUAGAAGCGAACAAAUCUACAGAUGAUAGUGAUGAAGAAGUACAAUUUAAAUCACCUCGUAAAUUGUACAAACAUUUAAAGAAAUGCUCGGAGCUGGACGAUUUCGAUGCUGAUGUGAUCAUACACAAGUUUUACGAAAGAAACGAAUAUCCGACUGCUUUUUCAAUAUUAAAUGAAAUUAAAAAAAAAAUUACCACAUUAUCAAUGAUGCGUCCGGUCGGUAAAAAAUUUGUUAAAAAACUUAAAAUUUGA